AUGAAUGUGUGUGCUCUCGUGCUGUGUGUGCUGCUGUCUGCCUCCAGCUGCUCAGCUGACAACGGAGUGACUCUUCAGUCCUGGUUGGUGGGUCUGAUAGCUGUAGUCGGUUUCCUCUUCAUCGUCUUCACCAUCCUGAUGGCUCACAGACUCCUCAGGAAGGACAGGAACAGGGCGGAGCGAGAGGGCCGGGGUUAUGACAACAAGGCCGUCGACAUGGACGAAGAUGAGAACAAACUAACCAGCCUGUAGGAAACCGACGCACCCGUCAGCUGCUCCCCACUGCUUUGUGACAGCUGAUAAUAAUGGCUCCGUUGAUCUUUGGUUGCU